AUGGGCCGCGUCGAUGUCCAUCACCACUACUAUCCAGAAGUCUUCACGAAAGCACUGCAAGAAGCCAGCGGAGAUCCCUCAGGAUGGACAGUGCCAGAAUGGACUAUCUCUGCAGACCGUGAGCUAUGCGCCGCUGUUGGCGUCUCCAAAGCAUACCUCUCCGCCACUGCUCCCGGUCCCGACAUUGCAGGCAGCCCCGAGAAGGCAGCAGCUCUCGCCCGACAGAUGAAUGAAGCCGGCGCAGCCAUUGUCAAGUCCGAUCCAGAGCACUACGGCUUCUUCGCCUCCGUUCCAACGCUCCUCGCGCCCGAACUCGCCAUCACCGAGAUCCGCUAUGCCCUCGACACCUUCCACGCCGCCGGCAUCAUCCUCAUGACCCGCUACGGCGACGACAAUCACUACCUCGGCCACCCCGACUUCGUCCCAAUUUGGAGGAACUUAAUGCCCGACAAGACCCACGUCAACCCACACCUUCCCGGUCCAAUGUUCGACUACCCGCAAGAAACCGGCCGCACAGCCAUGGACUUGAUCACCCAAAACCGCAUGCCAUCCGUGCGAAACUGCAAAAUCAUCCUCUCCCACGCCGGCGGCACCAUGCCGUACACCUUCAUGCGCGCCGCGGGCAUGCUUCCGCACACGCCGUUCACCGUGGGGAAGUCCACGGAGGAGUUGUUGGCGGAGGCGAGGGAGUUCUACUAUGAUACUGCCAUUAGCUCGAAUGAGUUCACGCUGGGGCUUUUGUUCAAGUUUGCUAAGCCGGGGCAUGUGUUGUUUGGGACGGACUUUCCGAACGCGCCGAGGAGAGGAAUUGAGUACUUCACAGGGCAGUGGGAGAGGUUUGAGGCGGACGCGGAGAGGAGGGAUGGGCUGGAUUUUGGGAAUGCGAGAGCAUUGUUUGAGGAGUUGUAG